AUGGAGUUGUGGUUUGAAUAUGAAAAUCUCCCUAUUUGUUUUGGAUUAAAGGAAUUUGCCUUGAUGACCGGACUACGGUGUCACCCCUUUCCUUCUGAAGAGGCAUUGGCUAGUCGGGUAAAGAAGGGUGAACCAUUAUGGGAAUUUGUUUCCAAGGAAGGAAAAACUGUUACUGCUAACUUCCUCCUUGAAAAGAUCAAAUCACCUGAAACACCAAAAAAUUUUAAGUUUUCACUUGCCUUGGUUUGGUUCUAUCACUGCAUCUUAUGUGCAAGAGAUAUAUCGUCAGGUGUUGAUGCCGACAUGACCAAGCUAGCUUGCAAGCCCUCCGUCUUCAAUGAAUAUCCGUGGGGUCUCAAAAGCUAUCUUUUGACUGUUGAGUAUCUUGCAAAACCAAUAAAAUCUGAAUACAACCUCUACGGCUUCCCGUGGGCAUUCCUGGCUUGGGCUUUUGAAGCUAUUCCGAAACUUCAACGAAAUGCUAAGAAUGUUCCCCCUGAGAGGACAUUGCCACGUAUGCUAAGGUGGAUGUCGUAUGGAGGCCUAAAAAAAUCUAUAGAUCCAUUCGGUACCACUAAUAAAAAAGUAGUGCACCCUUUCCUGAUUCCUACAAAUGCAGAAAAAAAGGAAAAAUACAUGAAGGACCUUGAGCCAUUUUCCAAUGAAGAAGCCGACGAAAAAAUUGAUAUGUUAAAAGCAGAAUUGGUUGGGGUGACAACAAUCACAACAGGUGAAGUAGGAGCUAGGGAGGUUGGUGGUGAGGACAGGAUCCCAGUAAGGAAUGGGGUAGAGGAAAGGAGCCCACCAAGGGGUGGGGGUGCAGAAAGAAACACUCCAAGAGGGACGGGUGACGAAAGGAACCCGCGGAGCCCUUUGGUGAAUUCUGGUGACAGAUUUGUUGGUAGUCCAGUCAACUUUGAUUUUGGUGGUCAGUAUAGUGAAGGAGGAGUUGGUGCAGGAUCUUUUGGUGCUUGUCCUUCAAAUGCCAAGUGCUCCUGUGAAUGUCUCACUUGUGCGGAGAAACAAAGCCAAUUGGAACUGAAAAUUUCUAAAAUGGAGGAGGAGUUCAAAGACAUGGGGAAGUCUGUCAAACAACUUGUAGAAGAAUUAUCUACUUUGAAUAAAAAACUCGAGCCUAGGAGGAUGUUAAGGAAUUCCAAAUACAUAAGAACUCCAUUUACUGCUGGUGCACGUAAAACGAAGAAGAGGAUAAGUGUGACAAAUCUACUGCCUGUUAUUUACAAGCCUCUUGACAUUGAUAAGAGCAAGGAAAGAGUGGAACCAUAAACUAGGGAUAAUUUUUGUUGAUAAUUUUGUGGUGGAUCUUUUUGUUAGACUAUUUCUUGAUGUGAAAGUAUGAUGACUAUUUAUGGAUAAUUUGUAGAAGAUGCUAUGGAUCUUUUUAUGAUGUUUAUAUAUGGUUGUUUACUAAAACAACAUGAAGUUGUUUAACAGCUUCAGUGGUUGCUUAAACAUUCACAGUAGUUGUUUAUGAUGUUUAUCGAUGGUUGUUUACUAAAACAACAUGAUGUUGUUUAACAGCUUCAGUGGUUGCUUAAACAUUCACAGUAGUUGUUUAUGAUGUUUAUAUAUGGUUGUUUACUAAAACAA